UUAAAUGUUUCUUUUAAAAGAUGAAUUAGCAGACGAUAAGUUGUAGCGCAUCGUUCACUACAUAGUUUGUAGUUAGCGUGAUUAUGCUAGUUUAUCUCGAUUCGUCCUCGAGUCAAGAUCGAGACUGGCAAAAUGCGCGCAAAUCAGUUCAAUACCAAACAGAAGUCCGAUUCGAACCGUAAAAUGUUUGUGGGCGGGCUUCCGCGGAAUUGCAGCGAAGAUACAUUAUUUAGUGCAAUGGAGAAGCUCUUCGGACGAGUCGUCCGGGCUCGUGUCCAGCGCUGUAUUGUGACGCAGGUUCCGAAACGGUUCGGCUUUGUUACAUUUGCUAAGCCUGAGUCUAUGCAAAGGGCUUUACAAGAACGUUGGGUCUAUAUAACCGGCCAUGUGUGCGAAUGUAAGCUUGCCCUUCCGAUAGGUUCGCCCGAUUUGCAGAUGCGUCAGGGGCAGGACUAUUCACGCAGCGUUGUGGAUUUUCGCGAAACAAACGAAAUUGAGCCUUUUCCUCUUUAUGGCCUCCAGGAUGAAACUGACUCAAAUUUAAAUCGAUUAGACGUUCUGCAACAGACGGAUUUGAGUAAGAGGUCGUUGUUAUCGGUCGAGCAACACAUAAGCAAGUUGGAUACGCACGACGUCGACGGUAAAGGGUCGAACAAACAUGAACACCUUCAACCCUAUGAGCUCUUUCCAAUGAAAAACCCGAACCCAUGGAGACUGCCGUGGUGGACCAACCGAAUUCGUACCUAGAAACAGAGAAUUAGCUACGAAGUAAUGAUUUUUUUUUGUUAUGACUUUUUUAUAUGAAUACUGUUAAAUGCAAUGUUUGUGUAGCAAUUCUCAUUAGAUAAACAACUGGUCGCCUUACUCGGUCAUGGAUACUUCGUGAUGUACGAUUUCAGUAGA